GAUGAAAAUAGUUUACGAUGUAAACAAAAAUGUUUAUGUUUAUGUGUAUUUUAAAGUAAUUGUUGUUGUAAUUAUUUUGCUAAAAUGUUCUCGAUUCGUUUAUUUAAUAAUUUGACUAGUCAAAGGCCAAUUCAACUUGUUAGAGGAUUGCAAACUUCUUAUGUUAACUGUGCAUUGAUUCAAUCUCCCAGAGGUGCCCUUAAAUACGAAGAGAAAUAUGGCGAAUUUUACGAAGGAGACUUCAAAACGAGGUGGAAAUUAUUAAAAGAAGAAUGGGCAGCAAUGAAAAAAUUUUAUAGCAAAUGGGACAACUGGGAUCGAUUUGUGUUCAAGCGUCUUUUUUCGCAUCCUAUGAAGAAAAUUAAAACUAUUAUUCCUGGUGAUGAAUACAUAUUUGCUGAUUUAUCCAAACCUGAAAGUUUAAACGUUUGGAAACUUGGUUCAGAUAGGAUUUGGAACGAAGGAUAUUCUACUUGUCGUUUAGAGGCUAAUAAUGGCGGAUAUGCUACCUUUUCUGGGUACCUUGAUUCAACCAAUUUACCAAAAGACGGAACUAUAUCGCGAGUCGGUUAUGUAAACAUGACGACUUAUACUGCUCCAGAGUUUCUUGCUUGGGAUAAUAAUUUUAAUUUCGAAGACUGGUCUCAUAUAACAUUGAAAAUACGUGGAGAUGGUAGACGCUGGUUGCUUAUUUUAGGACAAAGAGGUUACUCAAAUCAAUGCUGGGAUGAUAAAUAUGUGACUUGGUUACCUACUCAUGGAGGUCCUUAUUGGCAAGAAGUCAAAAUACCUUUUUCAAAAUUUUUUCUCGGAGCACUUGGACGAAUACAAGAACCUCAAUGUCGCAUGGACAAAUAUCCAAUUACUUACAUUGGUUUAACAUUAAUGGACGGUCGAACUGGGCCAUUUAGGUUGGAUGUAAAAUCAUUAGGUGUUGCCUAUGAUCCUAGAAAUUAUGAAGAGUUUGCAUAUGAAGACUAUUAUGUUCCCGAACACCCUCAUCACUAUUUGGAUUAAAAAUAAUCUAUUAUUGUAAA